AUGGCCAUUUAUCUCGUUUUGGGCCUUCAGACUUGGAGAUCGAAAAAGGCCGUGGUGGGCGCUUUUGCCUCCCGUCUUCCGAUGAUUGUUAUUAUUGCUUUCCGCCUCGCUACAUUCGACGAGGCUGGCUUCACCACGCACCCCACCCUUCUCGAAGAUCUUUUCGUUGUAUGGACACAAGCAGAGCUCAACUACUCAACCAUCUCCGCCACAAUCCCCAGCCUGCGCCCAUUUAUGAACAAUCUCAACACACAGUUCGGCGGCCUCGGUCAAACAUCGAAUCAGGAUGAUUAUGGCUUCGGUGAAACGGGCAGCUACCAAAUGUCAAACCUACAGUCAGGGACCACUUGGAAUGUGAAGCACAUAUCAGCACCCACCUUUGAUGGAAACGGUGACGCAUACGGUUGUGACGCGUGGGUAGCUGUUGAGGUGAUCAACAACCGGGAUGGCAAAGAGAGAGACACAACAAGACGAACUAGCGGGGAUGAAACUAAUUACGACAGCAGCGAUAGUGAUCGCAUGGUCAUCAAAACAGACACUACAUUCCUGGUGGCGCAUGGGGAUUAA